GUCUCUCUUUGAGGACAGAGAGAACAUUCUGGUUCAUGAACAUGAGUGCUUGGAGGAACCUCUGUCAAGUUUUCUCCUUCUCUUUGCCUGGUUUGACUCGAAAACAGACAUCCCUGUGGAGAAGGACCAGACGGCGGCAUGGGCGAGUCGGGCAGCUGCCCAGGACGCCAACCAAUGAGGGGCGCCUGAUGCCAGCUGUAAGGGGCAUCCCUUACAGCUGCCAUCAGGAGCCGCACGCCCAGCUCCCGCAGCACCGGCCCCACAGCAUCAGCCAGCAGCGCCCUCCCCCCAUGGCUGCGGGGCCCUGUACGGCCUGGUGUGCAGGCCAUAAUUUGGGCCCUUGCAGAAAAAAUAAUGCAUUAAAUUGGAUGGCUAAAUUAGCCCGCACAAAUUUAACCAGUGAUGACAUGCUAGUCGUCCUCAGGGAGUGCUUACUUCCUGAGGAUUUUAUAGCAUUUCCUGCAGAUCUGGCUAAUUCAAUCAACCCUGACUUUAAUGCUAUGUACAAAGCUUUGUACAAUGAUUUUUAUCCUAAUGAUGACAUUAGAGGCCAUUACUAUUCAGAUAAACAAAGAGAAGGGGAGCGUCUGGAAUUGUAUUUUAUCCGGAAAGAAUUGCUCCAAUGUUUAGCUGGUCUUGGAGCAGGAAUUGAUGGGAAUGUUGUACAUGACACUCCAGAGUUUAGGAAGUCACUCUUCCAAGAACUCCUUCCAUCAAUUAAAGCGGCUUUAAGUGGGUUGAGCUAUGAAAGCACACCGCUGGAUGUAAUGAAAGACAGAAUCAGAGAAGUGUUUGACUGGCAGCUCCAGGCGGGACUAAUUAAAGUGUCAGUACCACCAAGGAAAAUUUCUGAAGUAAAAGAUAUCAAGCCUCCAAUACCUGCAAGAAGAAGAAUUCCUCCUCCACCACCUCGAGCUUCAACUUCAGGUCGGUUUGUCCCAAGACAAAGUGUACACCAACAACCUUCACAGAUACCAUUCCAACCUACUAAGAUCUUUAGAGGGAAGCGAGAAGAAUUGGCUGCUACUAGACAAGUCUUAGCCAAUAGAUUAGCUUGUUAUCUCCCAUGGGAGAAGGUUAAAAUGAUGGAUAUUGAUCAGAUUUUCUGAGAGAUUCCAAGGACAAGUUGCU